AUGUCCCGCCCCAGCAACCCCCCGCCCCGCGCCGGCACCGCCAAGUCCAAGCAGCCCGCAACCGCUGCGAGGAGAAAUCCGGGCACCGUCCCGGGGCUCGCCCGUACAGCGUCGUCCCUCCGCCAGGGCGGCGUGCACCCCCAUACCUCCCUCCCUGCCCAUCUGCGAGGCCUCAAUCUGUCCACUCCGAAGAUUCCCUCGCCGUUAGGCAUGGGCACCCCUGCAAGACAGCUCAAGCAAAGUCUGCCGGCAAGAACUUCAAAAACGACGGAGAAGCAUGUCCUUCUGCCCGAAGACCCACAACUCGCUCCUCUUCCCAGAUCGCCGGGUGAUAUGCCUACCAUGUCUGCUCCCCCUCGAAGAGACAGCUCUGGGGGAAUACCAGGCGCUGGUCGAAGUGGAUACCAUCCUACCAUGACCCACGGCGACGAACGAAGCGAUGCGGAGAAAAUGACCAAGAGAGAGCGAGAAGAAAACAAGCUGCCGAGGCUCACUGCCUAUGCCACUGCCGAGGGCUACCGUCUCAAGCUGCUCCAAGCGUUCUUGAAGCGGGAGCAUGGCGUGAGCGUCGUGAGGGUAUACGACGACUGUGUCUAUGCGGUCUACAACCUCCCCCUCCUCCCCGGCUACGGCGCCACCACCAAAGUCCGUUCUUCGCCCAUCACCAAGUCUCCCGGCGGCGUGUCUCUUAUGGAACGCAUGACCAUGGCUGAAGAUCUCGGCUACCACGAUACCUACUUUCCCCGCGAAGACCCCACCGAGGCGACGCCGGCAGAGUACAUCUUGUCCACUUCGCCAGGUAUGGAGGCUGGUGAAGAGCUCGAUGCUAUGGCACAAGAUGGAGAGGGCGAGAGGGAGAGAAGAGAGCGGGGGGAGGAAGAGGCGCUGUUGGAACAGGUGAAUGCCGGGGUGUUUGAGGAGAUUGCAGAGGGUAUUACACCAUUGUCUAUUCCCGAGCAACAGCCCUCAGAGGUAUCGGAGCCAGAAGUCGGCACCCAGAUCUUUCCCACGGACGGGUACACUCACAUCCCCUCGACGGCCCUCAACCCGGACGACCUUCCCCCGGCGUCUCCCUCUUCCGAAGAUGCGGUGGGCAACACUACGUAUCACGUGGGAUACCUCGAUCCUCCUAUCGGCGAGGGCCACAAGCAUGUUUCUCACAAGGAGCCACAAGAACAGCCAAAGAUCCGCAGACGCAAGAGCCACGGACACCUGAAUAAUGUCGCAGAGGCAGUGUUUUUUUCUUACGGCGUGUCUGUCUUUUUCGGAUUCAGAGAAGGGGAGGAGAAGGAAAUUAUGGAGGAUUGUGAGACUGCUGGGGCUUGGCAAAGUCCCAAGAGUGAAGACGACUGGGAGGCUGAAGAGUUCCACUAUGUCUACGACCCUGAUGCCGAAAGCCCUAGGAUCUACAACGACAUGUUUACAUUCAAAUCCCGCUCCCAUCUCUUUAAACUCUCCCUCGCCCAUGCCGUCGCGCAGUCGACCCGACUGUCCAUCUACGAAUCCGUCAUGCAAGAGACCCUCUCCUUGACCGCUUCCUUCCCCAAGGAGCUCUCCAUCACCGGACACCUCCAGCUCACGAGGCGGGAAGCGCUCAAGAUGACGGGGAGACUGUUCAAGCUGAGAAUGGAUGUCAACCUGAGUGGGGGUAUUUUGGACACACCAGAAGUGUUCUGGUCAGAGGCGAGUCUGUUCCCGUUGUAUGAGGCGAUACACGAGUACUUGGAGAUCUCGCCGAGGAUUCAGGUACUGAAUGAUAGGCUGGCUGUGGCUGGUGACUUGCUGGAAAUCAUCCACGAAUAUAUCGAAGAAAGGGCCACCCAUCGCCUGGCAUGGAUCGUCAUCUGGCUUAUCGUUGUCGCCUGUUUUGUUGAAGCUGGAGAGGUGGUUGCAAGAUUGGUGUUCCACGAGAUCGCAAGAGAUGAAGGAGAGUAUAUGCUGUUGAAGGCGCCGCAGCUGUUACUGGGGAGCGAGUAA